CCCUGCCCGGCUGCUGCCCCCCCCAUGUCAUGGCUGCUGCCAGGUGCUGGGGGUGGCGUGCAUGGGAGCCCGGGUGCGGGGCGGCUGGAGCGAGGCGGGCGAGGAGGCGUUCGCGGGCGCCAUGCGGCAGAGGGACAGCAGCCUGGGGCAGGUGCUCAAGGCGCCUCAGACCAUGUCCCGGCUGCAACACGACGCAGCCGGAGUCGUAUCGUAUUACUACAACGUGUGGAAAACGCGCACGACGCCGGCGGCGCAGGCAUGGCAUGAAGAGCGGGAGCGGCAGCGGGCGGGCGGCGACAGCAGCAGCGGCGGCGGCGGCGGAGCAGGAGGGGGUCCCUCACAGCAGCCGGGGCGAGGAUGCGGUGAAGAGGGGAGUAAUGACAGUAACAACGGCAAUGGAGAUGAGAACAUUGGUAACAAGCAGAGCAAGCAGCAGCAGCAAAGGCAGAGCAAGCAGCAACAGCAGAAAGAGCAAGGCAAGCAGCAGAAACAGCAAAAGCAAGGGGAGCAGCCUGGGGGUGGUGGCGGCGGUAGCGCGCGAGAAGACAACAAGAAGAAGAAGGCGGGUGCCGUACGGGAGGCUCCAACGCAGCAACGGGUGAUACAGCUGAAGCCGCAGCCGCAGGCAAAGGCUGCGGCGGAAGUGAAGGAGGAGGAGGAGGAGGCUGUUGAGGCUGAAGGUGCGGAGGCGGGUGUGGGCGAGAUGGUGGCGGAGGGGGCUGCAGAGGCCUCUGAUGAACA